GUUAGGUGCAGCUGCAGGCUCCAGUUACACCCUCUCCACCCUCUCUAAUGUCCCGCUGCAGGAUGAAGCAGACAGCUGUGAGAAUCUGAUAAUAUGCCUUGUGCACAUUCUUCCAUCAUUUAGUUGGGUCUAAGAAGAGCGAGCAGCUUCCACACUGAGAAAUUAAGAGUAAAACUGCUGUCGCCAUGUCCUUCCGGAGGCUUUGGAGCACCCCGAAAGCAAUGGGGGACGUCAACAUGGUGACAGAGGAGCUGAAGAAUCUUUAUUACAAGCGGCUGCUGCCAGUAGAAAAAUACUAUUCUUUCCAUCACUUUCACUCACCAAGCUAUGAGGACGCAGACUUUGACAACAAACCGAUGGUGCUGGUGAUGGGUCAGUACUCAACAGGAAAGACUACUUUUAUCAGGUAUCUCAUAGAGCAAGAUUUUCUUGGUAGCAGAGUUGGGCCAGAGCCAACCACUGACUGCUUCACUGCCCUCAUGUAUGGAGAAGUCGAGGGAAUCAUCCCUGGGAAUGCCCUCACGAUGGACCCGAAAAAGCCCUUUCGCAACCUCGACCCUUUUGGAAAUUCGUUUCUGAACAGGUUUCAGUGUGUUCAGAUGCCAAAUCAGAUCCUUGAGAGUAUCAGCAUAAUUGACACGCCAGGCAUCUUGACUGCUGCUAAAAGAAAACUGAGCCGAGGCUAUGACUUCGCAGCAGUGCUGCGCUGGUUUGCAGAGCGUGUCGAUCGGAUCAUCCUGCUGUUUGACGCGCAUAAGCUGGAGUUUUCUGAUGAGCUCACACGAGCAUUCGAGGCCCUGUGCGGUUAUGAGGACAAGUUGCGUGUGGUUCUCAACAAAGCUGACAGGGUGGACUCUCAGUAUCUGAUGAGAGUGUAUGGCGCCCUCAUGUGGUCACUGGGAAAAGUGUUUCGAACCCCUGAGAUUUUACGGGUUUACAUCGGAUCCUUCUGGUCAGAGCCGAGGCAGAUGUGCGACCACUACCAGCUGAUAGAGUUGGAGGAGGAGGAUUUGUUGGCCGAUAUAAGGAACCUGCCACGCAACGCUGCAGUACGCAAGCUGAAUGACCUGGUGAAGAGAGCGCGCUUAGUGAGGGCUCAUGCACACAUUAUCAGCUAUCUGAAGCAGGAGAUGCCAACCAUUUUUUGUAGAGAAAGCAAGAAGCAUAAUCUGAUCUACCAGCUUCCCGUGAUUUUUAGCAAGAUUCAGCAGCAGCAUCGUGUCCCAGCUGGCGAUUUCCCCGACUGCACAAAGAUGCAGGAGAAACUUUUGGGGCAAGACUUCUCAAAGUUCAAGAAGCUAAAACCAAGCCUUAUGGCCUCCUUGGAUAAACUCCUCAGCACUGACAUCGCCAAGCUGGUCCCCUACAUCCAACAACAAGAACAGAGAAAGCGAUCCCUCCACGGAGUGCUGGACGGGGAAUUUUUGAGAACAUUCAAGCCCGAGCAUUACAGCAGAGACCCGUUCAAAGAACCUCCCAUAGACGAGGGGAGCGAGCUAGAUUUCGAUGAGUGGGUAGUGGAGAAAUACAAACCCAAAUACGAUGAGAUUUUCUACAACCUCAGUCCAACUGAGGGCAAACUUAGCGGAACCAAAGUCAAAGAGUGGAUGACAAAGACUCUUCUGCCCAACUCUGUGCUCGCUCACAUCUGGAGGCUGUCCGAUGUAGACGGGGAUGGCAUGCUGGACGAUGAGGAGUUUGCUUUGGCGGUCCACCUCAUCGAGGAGAAAGUGGAGGGCCACUGGCUCCCCAGAGAGCUGCCUCCACACCUGGUGCCACCAUCAAAACGGCCAAGUGAAGCAAGCGACGUGUCGGUGUGAACUUGUCAUCCAAAGGAAACGGAAAGCUGAGAACGUGUAUUCAUUACAAGUAAAAUUAAUGCAGAUUUUUUACAAUGUUGGCAGUUUGAGUACUAUGAAAACUGAAGUGUGUGUGUGUGUGUGUGUGUGUGUGUGUGUGUGUGUGUGUGUGUGUGUGUGCAAACCUGAAAACGUAUUAAC